AUAAAUAUGAUCUCCGGUUAGAACAAAUAUAUACCUGAAAUCUCUAUUGAACCAAGUAGAGCCUUGUCACAGAGCCACCAAUAUAAAUAAGUGAUGACAGCGUUACCAAUUCUCCUCGUGUGGUUUGGUCUGACGGCCGUCAAUUGCCUAACCCAGGCAGAGAUUGAAGCUUUCAAAGCUAGUGGCGAGAUUGAGUUGAAUACGGGGGUUGCUGGCUUCGUCGAAAUAGUCUCAACUGAUGAUGAACAUACUAUAAAUAGUAACGGUGUACCAGACCACGACACACCCGAUUACCCAACUCAACAUAACCCAAAUGACAUUAGUGUACAAGACUUUGCCUUUACAUUUCCCAUCAAUCCUACCUUUGCGGAAAAAACGACAGAGCUUCCAAUGGGCGCUAUAGGGCUUGCAAUAAAUGGAGUGGCUUUGUUUAACCCGUAUACAAUUGAGAGGGAAGAUGCUGUCCAAACCGAAAUAUUUGAUAGUUGUGACGGCCAUCCAAGUCCUACGGGUACUUAUCAUUACCACAAGAUGCCAUCAAGCUGCGUGUUCACUGUUGAAGAAGGCAUCCCGUCGGGCAUCGUCGGUGUUGCUCGUGACGGAUUUCCGAUCUACGGUCCGAUCGACGAAGACGGCACCCGAUUGACAUCGGAUGAUUUGGAUGAUUGCCACGGUAAAAUGUCUUCGGGAGGAGAGUAUCGAUACCACACAACGGACGACUUCCCGUAUAUCCUAGGUUGCUUCAAAGGAACUGUGGAAAUAUCUGGUGGAGGCCCGCCGCCGAAUACUCAAUCUACAACGCCGCCAUCCGGUAACGGAGCCCAAAUUGUUCAAUUGUCUUCAUUGAGACUGCUAUUUAUCGCGCUUUGGCUGUGCUCCAUUUCACUUAUUUUGUAAAGAACCUACCUAAAAUGAUACGACAUGCAAUAUGACAUAUUUAGAACUCAUGUUCUGUGUCUAUUACGAUUAUUACAUAUAACACCCUUAUUUUAAUGAUGGGGAUGAAAUAUUUUGUCAAAAACUAAGGCGGCCAUUUUGAACAGAAUAUUAAUUUAUUUUAGUAAAACAGAUAAAUUAUAUUACAUAUCUCUGUAAAUUAUCUUAUUAUUUUUUAUUUCAUAUACAU